CAGAAACAGAAGCCACAUCAGUCUGGUGUCUAGUUCUUCUUCUACACUUCUUAAUGUUUGGUAGAAUCCAAGGAUCAAUAUAGAAGCUUUAGUUUAGCCUCGGGUUCUUAUCAAUUUCACUAGGUAAUAAUUAGAUCCAAGCUUUUAUUCGUAUAUCAUCAAUUUCUGAGUUUCUAAUCCAAUUCGUGCUACCGAAAGCUUUAAGCUCUGAGCUGCAAAGUGGGAGUUUUGUUUGUCAAAUGCCGAUCCUCAAUGGUCUGCUAACUGGCAGGAUAGGUAUUAGUGUUGCAGUUUUAGGAUAUUGAGAAAUUUGGUGUGGAUUGGGAGAAAUUAAGAUGGGUGAGAAGCUUUGGGUGAAUGAAGAAGAAAAGGUUAUAGUGGAGUCAGUGAUAGGCACCGAAGCUUGCCAGUUGUUGAGCUCAUUGGCUUCGGAAAACUUGUUGUCCGACUUGGCUAGGCCUCCGGGACAAUUGGGGGUGCAGCAGGGGCUGUCACAGCUUGUCCAAGGGUCCAAUUGGAACUACGCCGUCUUCUGGCAGGUUGUAGGAUUGAAAUCUGGUGGAGCAGCCUUGAUUUGGGGUGAUGGACGUUGCAGAGACACAAUGGGUGGUGGAAUUGAGGAUAGUUCUAGUAAGGAUGGUAACUUGGAGGGAGUGCAGAAGAAGAAUGAGGAGGUGAGGAAGUGGGUGCUUGGGAAGCUCCACUCUUGUUUUGGUGGUUCGAGUGAGGAUAACUAUGCGAGGAAGUUGGAUAGAUUGUCCGAUGUGGAAAUGUUUUACCUGACUUCAAUGUACUUUAAAUUUCAACUUGAUUUGCCAUAUGGCCCUGGGGAGUCAUACAAGUCUGGGAAAUCAAUUUGGGUUUCUAAUGUCGCUAGUUGCUUACAUCAUUACCAGUCAAGAUCAAUUUUAGCCACAGUGGCAGGGUUUCAAACAGUUUUGUUUGUGCCUAUGAAAUCAGGAGUUGUGGAGCUGGGUUCUGUCAAACCGAUUCCGGAAGAACAAAAUAUUGUGGAUAUGAUCAGAAGUGUGUUUGGGGUACCUAGCUCUGUUCAGGCAAAGGUAUAUCCAAAGAUUUUCGGACAUGAGCUUAGUCUCGGUGGUCCAAAAUCGCAACCAAUUAAUAUUGGCUUUUGCCCGAAGGUAGAAACUGACUCUUCAUUUCCAUCAGAGUCUCUUGACUUCCAAGCAAUAGGCACUUCAAAUGGAUGUCAAACUGAGGAUGGUGAAGUUAAACUGUUUCCACACUUGAGCCAAAUUAUGUCUGGGAACUUCAGUUCUACAGCCGGUGUUUCAAGUUCAGAACUGCCUAAAGACGAGUCGUCUGCACAAAUUGAUGAAAGGAAACCUAGAAAGAGAGGGAGAAAGCCUGCCAAUGGAAGAGAAGAACCAUUAAAUCAUGUGGAAGCAGAGCGGCAGAGGCGUGAGAAGCUUAACCAGCGGUUCUACGCACUUAGGGCUGUGGUUCCUAACAUAUCGAAGAUGGAUAAAGCAUCUCUUCUAGGUGAUGCCAUCACCUAUAUCAACGAUCUUCAGUCAAAGAUCAGGCUCAUGGAAACCGAGAAGCAGAUGGGAAGCAGUAGCCAAAUGUGGUUCGCAAUUCCAGAGAUUGAUUUCCAGGAUAGGCAAGAGGAUGCUGUUGUGAGGAUGAACUGCCCACUGGAUUCUCACCCUGUUUCUGAUGUCAUCCGAACACUUAGCGAACAUAACAUUGUAGCUCAAGAUACUAAUGUGUCCAUCACAGAGGAAGACACGGUUAUUCAUACAUUCUCCAUUCGGACCCAAGGUGGUGAUGCUGAGCAGUUAAAGGAGAAGCUGGUGGCCUCUCUUUCAAGAUCAACCAUGUAAAACUGUGUUUACUAACUGGUUAGUGUGUUUAUGGCUCUAAUGAUAUUCAAUUAAGUUGUUUCAUACAAUAUGCUAAAGCAUUCAUAUUAAAAUGUUAAAUUGAAUUGCAAAUUCUGUAAAUAUUUUUGGCCGCAAUCUUUGAGUGUCGUC